UUAAACAACUUCUUGAUAUGCCACACCUGUCAGGUGGAUGGAUUAUCUUGGCAAAGGAGAAAUGCUCACUAACCGGGAUGUAAACAAAUGUGUGCACAAGAUUCGAGAGAAAUACGUCUUUUGUGCAUUUGGGAUCUUUUAUUUCAGCACAUGAAACAUGGGACCAACACUUUACAUGUUGCGUUUAUAUUUUUGUUAAGUGUACUAUCCUUGCGCCAUCCAAAUUCAGUAGGACGGAUUAUUUUCAUUGAAACAUAUGUGAAUUACCACAUCAAUAACUUCAAUAUGAGGGUUUAUGUAAAACACGUCAGGGAAAUCAUAUGCUCCAAUUUCAGUUGUCAUUACAUUUCCAAAUUUCAUGUUAAUAUCGGAGAUGAGAUUUCUGCCAUGGAACUAAAAUUCCAUAAAACCCGUGCAAGCCGGAUACUUUUGCUUCAUUUCCGCCUUGCUGGAUAUCUGCAUGAGGCAACCUCAUCAGGCCCUUUUUACGUCUUUGAGAAGUGUGGUACAGAACGGCAGACAAUGACUUCAGAGUCGUGGGAGACUGCCCCAGCAGUGGCUGAAACGCCAGAAAUCAAGCUCUUUGGGAAAUGGAGUACAGAUGAUGUUCAGAUCAAUGACAUCUCCCUGCAGGAUUACAUUGCCGUGAAGGAGAAGUAUGCUAAGUACCUGCCACACUCUGGAGGCCGUUAUGCUGCCAAGCGUUUCCGCAAGGCCCAGUGUCCCAUUGUGGAGCGUCUCACCAACUCCAUGAUGAUGCACGGCCGCAACAACGGCAAGAAGCUGAUGACCUGUCGCAUUGUUAAGCAUGCCUUUGAGAUCAUCCACCUGCUCACUGGUGAGAACCCCCUGCAGGUGCUGGUCAAUGCCAUUAUCAACAGUGGACCCCGUGAGGACUCCACCCGUAUUGGUCGUGCUGGUACUGUGAGGCGGCAGGCUGUGGAUGUGUCCCCUCUGCGAAGAGUCAACCAGGCAAUCUGGCUGCUCUGCACCGGAGCAAGAGAAGCUGCUUUCAGGAACAUCAAGACCAUCGCUGAGUGCCUCGCCGAUGAACUGAUCAACGCUGCUAAGGGUUCUUCUAACUCCUAUGCCAUCAAGAAGAAGGAUGAGUUGGAGAGAGUCGCCAAGUCCAACCGUUAAAGUUUGCUUUCUAGAAGAAAAAAACAAGGAAAUAAAUUUGAACCUAAUUUGUUUAAUGUGGUAUGGUGUUUAGUAAAAUGCACACUUAUAAAGGCAUCAGUACAUGACUGGGUUGAGAAAUUAGUCAAAGGUUUAAAAUGAAUUUAUUUGCAGUACUAAAUACAAAGUUCUAAACAUCACAUAAAGGCUACACUAAAAUGCUGAAUUUGAGUACAAAUUGCGUUUACUUGUUUUGACUAUAUAGGUAGUUGAACUAUAUAAAUUAAUGCAGUGUCUUAAUUGCAUACUACUGAUUUGUAUUCUAAAGGGAAGUAGGCCAGUGGUAAUGUGUUAUCACCAAUGAGGACUUCACAACAAAGUACAAAACCCAGGUACUGUGACUCAAACAAUGCCAGUUUAUUCCGAGUUGAAAUAUCAUGGUCUGGUGGUGUUGAGCAGUAGUGUACAACCCUCAGUUACGUUUGAGACCUUAUGAACAACUGUCAGUGUUUCAACCCUUAGGCCUUUCCAAUUUGGGCCUUGGUUAAUCCACAGGAACAUGUCAACUGUAAUGAUGGAAAUUGUUGAAGGGGACUUUUGAACUUGUACCUUCCUUGGGUUAUUCUUUGACCGUCAUCUCAACCACCAGGACAUUAUUUAAAUGUGUACAAUUUCACAAAUCAGUCAUUAUGUCCUUGUGGGUUUGACAAAGAAUAUAAAUUUAUUCAUACCUAUAAAAAGCAUGCAGCCAGGCCUGGUGGCAGGAUACAUUUUUCAAAAGCAGACCCUCCAAAUCUGCAUUUUAGGUUUCACCUGUGUUCUAAUUCAACAAACGUGCAUUUAUAAUCCCCUUUACAAUAAAGCCUUACAUGCAUCUAUCACAUUUGCGUGGUGGCAAAGGCCUACAGUUGA